GAGCCUCACCCUAUAGAUCCCGGCGUGGCUUCCGGAGCUGUGAAAAGCAGGCCCACCGAGGAAGGAAAGCCCCACGAGAAAGCCCCGGAGCUGGCAGGGACCACGCCAGAGUCUCAGGAUGGUGGUCAGCACCCCGGCCUUCCAUUGGGACCUGCGGGGGGGCCUCGGCAGCAGCAGCUGCCGCCACCGCAUUCCCCCGUUGCCUCUGCAAGUGAUGUUGCCCGUAUCGUCUCCCAAGCGGACCCGGUCUCUGGGAAGUCAGUCGAGAGCUCAGUCCCUGCCGGAAAGGUCGCGGAAGAUCCCAGCGUUUUAGCAGGAAAUGUUGGCCGUCUCCCCUCUCCUGAUAGCAGUCACCCCGCUCCAGGACGAGGGGAAUGGCACCCGAGGAACCACAGCGCCACGCCGGAGUGGAGAGGACUCAGGAUGGGGAAGAGCCACAAAACCACGCUCGAGGAACUCCGUCGUCCCGACAGCGGUUCAAUGGACCUGCGGGCCAGGGCGAGGCAUGCCAGUCGCCCACCCCAUGGGCAAGCCAGGUCGCGGAACCAGCGGCAGAACGAGCCCCGGGCAGGCGGGCGUGGAUCCGGGCCUCCUCACAGGCUCUAUGUGGACCGGCCCGUGGCGCCUCGCCCGGUCGAGCCGGACGUUUGGCAGCUGCACCGGGGCGGCCCCGUUCAGUUCCACGCCAGGGGCCAAGGCCCACGGAGCAGCCCGCAGCCGGGGGCCGAAGGGUCGCAGUGGAACCUGUACUCUCCGGGGACAGAAACCUUCCACUGCGAGGGAGAAAGCAAGCAGUUCAAGGCCUGCCAGCAAGAGCCGUGCCCACCCGAUCGGCCAGAUCCCCGCGUUGUCCAAUGCGCUGCCUACAACCACCAGGAAUUCAUGGGACGCUUCUACCAGUGGGAGCCCUUCAGGGACGUGCGGGGCGCCCAGCGCUGUGAGUUGAACUGCCGCCCCAUUGGGUACCGUUUCUACGUGCGGCAUACGGAGAAGGUGCAGGACGGGACACCGUGCGAGGCCGGCUCCUCCGACAUCUGCGUCGCUGGGCAGUGCCUGACGCCCGGCUGUGAUGGGGUUCUGGGUUCGAACCGCACGCAGGACAGCUGUGGGGUUUGUGGGGGCGACCACACCACUUGCAAGCUGGUGGUCGGCAACUUCAGCGACACGGACGUGCCCAUCGGGUACCACCGCAUCUUGGAGAUCCCAGCGGGGGCCACCCGGAUCCAGGUCAAGGAGAUGACUCGCAGCCCCAACUAUCUGGCCCUUCGGAUCCGCAGCGGGAAAUCCAUCAUCAAUGGAAACUGGGCUGUGAACCCUCCCGGGCGCUACGAGGCGGCGGGCACCGUCUUUGUGUACAGCCGGCCUGAGAGCGACAGGCACGAGGGAGAGUCGCUGACGGCAGAGGGACCGACCACAGAACCCAUAGAUGUGUAUAUGAUCUUCCAGCAAGAUAACCCUGGUGUCUCCUACCAAUUCUUCGUGGCCUUGGACCGGCCAGAGAGCUCUGCUGCCGACGUCCACAGCCCUCGUCAGGGGUUCGGUGCCCUCGCCAUGGUAUCUGCUGGCCACCCGAUGGAGCCCUCCGCCUCCCACGUGCACCCGAGGCCGCUGCAGACACAGAACCUUGUCCCAGCUCGGCACCCCAUCCCAUCCAGCCAAUCCGGAAUGAGCCAUGCCAUAGUUCCGCCUCCGGUCUCAUCCAGCCAAUCCGGAAGGAGCCACGCCGUAGUUCCGCCUCCAGUCUCAUCCAGCCAGUCCGGGAGGACCCCUGGAACUCUGCAGCGGAACGUCCGCGUCCCACCAAUGCCUCCACCGCCACCUCCUCUCCAGCAGAACUCAGAUUUGGCACGUGACUUCUACUGGAAACGAGUCGGCAACACCGAAUGCUCAGCCACCUGCGGAAAGGGUUCUUGGCAGUCGGUCUACCGCUGCACCUCCCGUGCUCUGCAAGAAGAGGUGGCGGAAGAGAUGUGCCACCUCCUCCCCAAGCCGGCCGUGUCCGAGGAGGCUUGCAACACGGAGCCCUGCCCGGCCUACUGGGACGUGGGCGAGUGGUCGGCCUGCAGCAAGUCUUGCGGCCUGGGCAGCCAGCACCGCCAGGUCCUCUGCCGGCAGGUCUACGCCAACCGCACCACCAUGGUGCACCCGCAACGGUGCGAGCAGCUGGAGAAGCCCAACGCCACGGCGGAGUGCCGGGUGCAAGUCUGCAGCCACUGGGAAAUCCGCACCAACUGGAGCUGGUGCUCGGUCCUCUGCGGCUUGGGCCACCGAACGCGCCACGUCCGCUGUGUCAGCAAUGAGGGUUACCUGCUAAGGGACAGCGACUGCCCGGGCAACCACCGGCCCAAGACCAGCGAGACCUGCGACAUGGGCCCGUGCGUGCGCACGUGGUUCUACAGCGAUUGGAGCACCACGUGCUCGGCCGAGUGUGGCCCAGGGAUCCAGCGCCGGGCGGUGGUUUGCUUGUCCAGCAACGCCAACGAGCCGACAGAGGAGAACUGCGUGGGCACGAAGCCGAUUGACAUGCGGUCGUGCAACGGUGGCCCCUGCCAACGAGUCACCCGAUGGUACAGCGGACCCUGGAGCCCGUGCUCAGCGGAGUGCGGCAGCGGCACUCAGCGCCGGGACAUCGUCUGCGUGAGCAAACAGGGCUCCGACUUCAACGUGACGGACGCCUCCGAGUGCGGCCACCUGGAGAAGCCGCCCUCCCUGCAGUCUUGCAACGGGAACGCCUGCAAGGCCCGCUGGUUCUCCACGGCCUGGGGUGCGUGCUCCAAGACCUGCGUGGGCGGCGUGCAGGUGCGGGAGGUCCAGUGCCUGACCCAGAACAAGACCCUCAGCCGACUCUGCCCCCCGGACCUCAAGCCGGCCAAGAAACGGUCCUGUAACAACCAGCCCUGCAUCCCGGACCUGGAUGAGAACUGCAGAGACCAGUACCACAACUGCCCGGUGAUCGUUCAAGCCCGCCUCUGCGUCUACUCCUACUACAAGGCGGUUUGCUGCGCUUCUUGCACGCACGCCCUGGAAAGGCGCCACGCUGGACCCAGCCGGUAGCGCCAGCCGACGGUGGGCAAGCAGGACCCAGGCUGGCACCCUUACCGAACGGGGGACAAGUCGGACAAAGAGCCCCUGUGACCCCCUGAACCCCCCCCACCCCCACGGCUUCGGAAACAGCUGGGGACGAUGGGGGAAGGGCAAAGUGUUCCCAAAAUGGGGCAGACCGGGAGGGAUUUGAACUCAAGACUGAGGGGGUCCCCUCCGUGUCCCGUACUGUAUACACUUUUUGUGACGGAAGUGAC